GUGUGGGCUGUGACAAAGAAACCUAUGUGGAACUCGAAAGUAUUAAUAAAGUUGUAGAUAAAGCCAGAGUUUUUCGCUUUUAUUUCAGAAGAAUCACCCACUCAAACUCAUAACCUUCAUCACCAAGAAAACUAUAUAAGUUCUUCUCCACCUCCUCGUACCAGAUUAAGAUUAUUAACCUACACAUAAUAAUUAGACUACAGUCUUGUCGAGUCCAAACUCCUCUACCUACCACACUCAAAAGAAUCCACUCUCUGAUCACUAUCUUCCUUCAAUCGUCCAUACCCAUGUCGAAGCUGAAGAUUGCAGGGACGUGGGCUGGUGUUAUAGAUGUCGAAUUGGAUAAUUGGACCGUUCCCAUGUUGAGGGAAGAGGUUGCUAAGCGAUCAAACUGUGGACCCAACUCCAUCAAUUUGAUUUGCGCCGGGAAAGUUUUAAAAGAUGGCGAUGGAAACGAUAAGCUUGGUCAAUUGGGUAUCAAGAACAACUCCAAAAUUUUGUCUACCCGGGUUGCUGCCGAUGAGGGUAAAUUCAUAAAGAACGAGUUGAUGGCUGAGGAGGAACGCUCUCGUAGACUUGCUCGACUUAAGUCAGCUGCUGCCGCAAUGUCCCAAAGAAAUGCAGACGGUACCUUACCGUUUGAUGAUCAAGUUAUCGAACUGGAAGAUCAAAGUGGACGACAAGUGAAAUUAGGAACAGAGACUGAUCAGCGUGCAAUCAUGAUGGGCCUGAUGCUUCAUACCAAUGGAAAGGAGCUAAUUAACAAGGGAAAUUACAAAGAAGCAAUGGAAGUACUUACUAUGGGAGAGGAGGCAUUCUCUUUAUGUGAUCCGAAGGUCAUGGAGUUUAUCGACAAUCCUCCAAUACUGCAAAUAGACAUUGUAUGGUGCUACUUCAUGCUACGAGACAUUAGCUGUCUCUCAGUGGCAGGGGAGCGCCUUAAGAAGGCAAGACAGAAUUUUGAACGCUCUCAUGGAAAGGAUUCCCACCGUGUCAGAUUCCUUCAAGGAGGUCGCUACCCAGAGCUUGCACUAUAUUUGAGACUGGAGUUGCUGGAAGGAGUGGUAGCUUACCACAGUGGUCAAUUUGAUAAAUCAAGAAAGGUGCUGACCUCUGCACGAGAAAGAUUUAUCCGGCUACAGGUGCCUGAUGAAGCCUUGUCACUUGUUAUGAGCAUGGGCUUUAGAGAACACGAUGCAAAGAGGGCAUUGCGGAUGAGCAAUCAAGAUAUUGAGAGUGCCAUUGAUUUUCUUGUUGAACAAAAAGCAAAGAGGCUACAGAAAAGGGUAGAGGAUCUUCAGAAACAAAAGGAGUUGAUGGAGCAAAAGGCAUAUGGAAGGACACCCUUAAAGAAGGCUGUGGAUCUCCAGAAGUUGAAUGAAUUGGUCUCUAUUGGGUUUGAGAAGGAGCUUGCAGCUGAAGCACUUCGACGAAAUGAGAAUGAUACACAGAAGUCAUUGGAUGAUUUGACUAAUCCAGAGAUUAAUUCCUCAAUUCAGUUUACUAUUGAAUCAAGGAAAAGAAGGAGACAGCAAAAAGCUAAUGAUGCUUCAAUUGAAACCCUUGUACAAAUGGGUUUCGAAAGAUCAAGAGCAAGUGAAGCUGUUCAGGCUGGUGGGACAGUCGAGGAAGCGAUGCUUCGAUUGUUGUCACAACAGCAAUCUGCAUCAAACCCUACAGAUGAUGCUGCUAACAACAAUACAGAAUCAGCGCCUAUUCCUCCAGCUGCCUCUGACGCCGUUGCGAGUUCUUCAGUUCCAUUAACGGAUGAUAUUGUGGAAGAAGAAGAUAAUGGAGGUUCAUCUACUGCUGAGAAAGUAGAAGAUCGUGAUGAAGAGAUGGAGGACGUGCUUGCAGAUGGACUAGCAAAAGUCGAUGCUUUGUCAGACUAUGACAUUGAAGUUACCAAAGAAGGUGAAGCCAUAAACGAGUACUUGGCGAUGCUGGAUUCAGCGGGCAAGUAAUGAAAGCUGGGUAAUUUUACUGGAGGAGAAAAAUAGUUGGAGAGUAGUGCAAACAGAAUAAUGUGAAUAUGGUAUUAGUUGAUAAAAUAUUAGGUUGGGUGGCAGGAUUAUGGGAGUUUUUACAAUUUAUGCAGGACAAAGUUGUAGGGGAGAUCCAUAGUCUAACUGAAAUUAGAGAGAUGGGUAGUGAAUAAUUAAUCCAAUGUUUUAGCUCUUUAAAACAUUAUCUCUUGUGAAUAAUAGGUUUUUCAUUACAGCUUCGGAAGAUAUUAGUUAUACACAAGCUUGACAUUUCUUUCUUACA